GAAAACGACGACAAGACUUCUCUCUUCUCUCUUCUCUCUUCUCACUCCUCUCAUUCUACCUUCAUCCAACAUGAGACUAGCCGUGUUCAGCGCCAAAUCCUACGACAGGGAAUACCUCUCCUCCUCGUUUACCCCCCACCAAGUGCAGGUCUCCUUCCACUCCUUCGCCCUGUCAUCCGACACCGUCUCGUUAACGACCGACACCGACGCCGUGUGCGUGUUCGUGAACGAUGUUCUCGACCGAAGCAUCCUCGCCGCAUUAUCCGCCAACGGCGUGAAAGCGAUUCUCCUCCGCUGCGCGGGGUUCAACAACGUGGACCUCCUCGCCGCCGAAGAACUGGGCUUCUUCGUCGCCAACGUACCCGCCUACUCGCCCGAAGCCGUGGCCGAGUUCGCCGUCUCGCUCAUCCAGACACUCAACAGGCAGACGCACCGGGCUUUCAACCGCGUGCGAGAGGGAAAUUUUAACCUCGAGGGAUUGCUCGGCUACACACUGCACGGGAAGACCGUCGGGAUCGUCGGCGUGGGUAGGAUCGGACUUGCCUUUGCGAAGAUCAUGGCCGGGUUUGGAUGCCACCUGCUUGCAUAUGAUUCCUUUGCCUCUAAAGACGAUACCAAUAGUAAUAAUCCAUUUACUACUACCUUGGGAGGAAGAUUCGUUACCCUAGACGAGCUCCUCCAGAAUAGCGACGUGGUCAGCCUGCACUGUCCGUUGACGGAGGAGACACGACAUCUCAUCAACGAAAACACCCUGGGGAGGCUGAAACGGGGCGCGUUGCUGGUGAAUACCUCGCGGGGAGGGCUUGUCAAGACAUCUGCGGCCAUUGCGGCGUUGAAGGGGAAAACGCUCGGCGGCCUCGCGCUGGACGUCUACGAGGCCGAGGGCGACUUGUUCUACAACGAUUACUCGGGCGAGAUCAUCCAUGACGACGAGCUGAUGCGCCUGGUCACCUUUCCGAACGUGCUGGUCUGUGGGCACCAGGCUUUCUUCACGCACGAGGCUCUUCAGGAGAUCGCGGGCGUGACGACUUCGAACCUGUUGGAUUUCAUGCAGGGCAGGAGUUGUCGCAAUUCACUAGUCAGAGAGGGUCAUGUUCUUGUUAAGAGGAAUACGGAGCCGGUCAGAAUAUAACAUAGAUAUACAGACAUAAUACAUUUAUUCAUUGCUGC